UGCGGGGAGCGGCCGCCCCCUCAGCCUGGAUUCUCUGGAUCGCGGACAUUCCAGGGGAGAUAAGCGAGGCGGGUGGGCGGGGGAAGCGGCCGCUUGCCCUGCUCCGCCCGCUCCCGGUCCCUGCGCCCCCGUCUGGGGGAUUCCAGCUGGAGCUCGGGAGCGGACGCUCCAGCCCUAGGCCCGUUAUGGAGCCCGGGAAGCUCCUGAGCGUUGGAGCCUCCGUGGCCGCGGUGCUGCCAGCGGGCGGGAGCGGGGAGCGCCUGGGGAGCGCCACCCCGAAGCAGUUUUGCGCCCUGCUGGGCAGGCCGCUCAUCAGCUACACGGUGCGGGCACUGGAGAGAAUAAACUGGAUAUCAGAUAUUGUUGUGGUGGUGUCUCUAGAGAACAUUGAAACAAUGAAAUCUAUCAUUGAAAAAUAUGGCCACAAACGAAUUACGGUUGUAGAAGGUGGAAUGACUCGCCACCGGUCAAUUUUCAAUGGACUGAAAAUCUUUCCAGAGAGCAAGCUUUCCAGCUGUCCACUCCAGAAACCAGAAGUAGUGAUUAUCCAUGAUGCUGUGAGGCCGUUUGUCGAAGAAGAUAUUCUUCUUAAAGUGGUUUUGGCUGCUAAAGAACAUGGGGCAGCAGGAGCAAUCCGUCCUCUCGUCUCUACUGUUGUUGCUUCCUCUGCAGAUGGUUCCUUAGACCAUUCACUAGAACGUGCCAGGUACAGAGCAAGUGAAAUGCCUCAGGCUUUCGUAUUUGAUAUAAUCUAUCAAGCAUAUCAUCAGUGUAGUGAUUAUGACCUGGAUUACGGGACAGAAUGUUUGCACUUGGCUCUAAAAUACUGUAAAACAAAUGCCAAACUUAUUGAAGGAUCACCUGACCUCUGGAAGGUAACCUACAAGCGGGAUCUGUAUGCUGCUGAAUCAAUUAUUAAGGACAGUCUAUCACAACAAGUUUGUGUUACCACUGAUAUGAAAGAAGAUGCUGUGCAGUUAGGUUUUCUCCUUCAUGAAACUCUGAAAAACGAAGUAAAACAGGCUAAAGGUAAAUCAGUGUUUCUAUGUAAAAAUGAUAAUCGUCUACAGAACAUCUUUUUAGGACAAUGCUACAAUUUUAUUUGCAUAAAUGGUAAAAAAUCUGACAUUAAAGAAACCCAGCAACUAGUGGAUAUACUUGAAAAUGCAAGAAUUUCUGUCUUACAUCCAGUUGUUCUCAUUUCGGUCCAUUUGAAUGUUUCAGAAAAUAUGUCUUUCAGCAGUGGAAUGGAAGAACUGGCUGGGAUCAAGGAAUUUGCAAAGGAAGUGAAAAAGAAACAUAUUUUGGUUUACGGUCUUCUCAUCCAUUACAAUAAGGAUGAUCCGAAGCUUCAGGAGACCAUAAAUUCUGCUGCUGCCAUUAUCUCUGCAUUAAUAAAGGACAGAAACCCAGAGCUGAUUGGCCAGCUGUUGGUAGCAUGAAUAACUAAAUAAUUUGUAGCUAUCAGAAGUAUUUCUUUAUCAUCAUGUGUUUACCAAUGUUCUUGAAACAUUUUACUCUGUGACAAAAUCACUAGACUUACAAAGUUUGCUUUUAGGAUCUUUUAUCAGCAUAAAUUGUAAGUCUGACAUUGUGUUGAGAUGCAAGUGGAAAUGAAAUAGAAGGUGCUAUGAGGUGCACCAGGUAUUAUACUUUGAAGUGUUUAUAUUGAAGCAUUAUAUGUGAGGUACUAAUCAUUUCAAAAACUACCACUGAAUGAUGCUAUUUAGUCCUUUCAUGUCCGAAGCACUUGAUCUAAGCACAAAUUUCUUUUCAACCAGAUAACAUAUAUGAUAUUAAAGCACAACUGGUGCUCUUUACAUGAAAAUGAUUGAGGGGUUGAUCCUGCAUUUACUAUUAGGUUUAGAUUUUAAUACAAGGCAUAGUCCCUUUGACUUUAAUGAAAGUAUCCUGAUAGUGUUUUCAGGAUCUGGUCCUCAUUCCCCAGAGAAUGAAGAUUAAAUUUUAAAAAUACAUUUGAACAUACCAUAUGAGAUGUAAUAGCCUAUCUUGGGAGUGCAGAAUUAGGAAUUCAUUGUGGUGGGAAUUAAUUAUUUUUAAAGCUUAUCAAUUCUGAUGGUAGUGGAGAAAUAAGACAGAAGAAAGACUCUCUUCUUAAAUAAUUGAGCUGCCUCUUCAGUUUUUGUGUCACUCUGAUUUUCUGUUUGAUAUAUGUGUUUGUUACACCAUCAUCUGGAAGACAGUAUUAUAACUGCUAAUGCAUGGAGGGUGUUUUGACUUUUAAAUGAAGAUGGCUUAGGGAGGAGGGUAGAAUAAGAAGUUUUCACUUAUCUGCAUUGAAUAUUUUCAAGUGUUCCACUAGCUUAACAUGAACAUUUCUCUACUGCUUCUGGCAGCAUAUAA